CACAAAGAAGAAGCUUCGUAUCUCGUUCAUUUUUAUAACCUAUAAGUAAAAUUAUAGAGGACCGGCGUCAGUGAUUUCAAAUACGUUUAUAAACAAUAAAUUUAAUAAAAAUGGCAUACAAAGGUCCACCAAAAGUACAAAAGGUAAUGGUACAACCCAUUAACCUUAUAUUUCGUUAUUUACAAAAUCGUUCACGAGUUCAAGUAUGGUUAUUUGAAAAUGUAACAUUACGAAUUGAAGGACAUAUCGUUGGAUUUGACGAAUAUAUGAAUCUUGUAUUGGAGGAAGCUGAAGAAUAUAAUACAAAAACCAAAAAUAGGAAAACAUUAGGAAGAAUUAUGUUAAAAGGCGAUAAUAUUACGUUAAUACAAAAUGUGAGCGGUGCUAGCGCUACAGCCUAGAAGAUUUAACAAAAAGAGUGAAUGAACUGUAUAAAAGUGGUGUUCGUUUAAGAUAAUGAUGAUUAAUUAGAAUAAGAUUUUAAUUUAAGCAAUUUUGUAUCUUAAGUAACAAGUUGUAAUCAAUAAACCUCAAACUUACUGCGAGUUAAAAUAAAUUUUUUUCAACAAAAA